CCCCUGGACCUCAGGCUGACACCCACCCACUCCACUGACUGCACAGCGAACGGAUUUGAUUAAUUUCAGGCGAGCUGCGCCACCUUGACGGCAUUUAAUCAUUGAGAAAAGACAGGAAACGUACUCAUUCCUUAUCCUCCUGCUCUCCCACCCCACCCCGCCUCUCCUGUCCUCUCCUCUCUCCUGCCGUCUCCGGUGCGUCUGUUCGCUCUGAAAAGCGGCGGUGUGCGUGUGUGGAGGAGCCGGAGGAGCGCUGCACUGUUCUGCGCACUGGUUCCGCUGGACAUCACCGAAUAACGGCGCUCGACAACCGGGUGGUGGUGGAGGGGGAGACUGGACCCGGAGCAGGAGCAGGGGAAGCACCGUGGCUCUUUACAGCCCGCUCUCCGAAAACAUGUCGGAGUUUUUUCUACUCGCCUUUCUAGCCCUGUUCUCGGGAUUAUUUCCGUGCGCCGAGCCCUCGACGGUGUCGGACGAGGAGAAAGACAUCUUGUGUGACGUAGGGGAAUUUCACUGUCACAACCACGACACCUGCGUCCCCGAGGACUGGCUUUGUGACGGCGAGCCCGACUGCCCCGAUGAGUCCGACGAAACUGAUCACGUGUGUGCACAGGAGGUGGUGAUCAGAUGUCCUCUGAAUCACAUACAGUGCACCGGGACAAAGAAAUGUAUCCACUUCAACAAACUCUGCAACGGCGCUCGAGAUUGUGAAGACGGCUACGAUGAAGGAGUUCACUGUCGAGAGCUGCUGUCAGCCUGCCACGAGCUCCGGUGCCGCUAUGGCUGCGUCAUGACUAGAAACGGCACCUUCUGUUUCUGCGCUGACGGCUUUGAGGUCGGGGAGGACGGGACGAGCUGCAGAGAUCAUGAUGAAUGUGCCAUGUAUGGAGCUUGCAGCCAAACCUGCACCAACACCUACGGGUCAUACAGAUGCAGCUGCACAGAAGGGUACAUCCUGCAGCCCAACAGGAUAUCGUGCAAAGCCAAACAAGAUCCUGGCGACAGCCGGCCAGCGCUUCUCAUCGGUGGCUCAGAUCGCAUCGUCGUCACCCAUCUAAAUGGAAGCGGCCUUCAGCCGCUCAGGUCCUUGAGGGUAAAUGGAACGCUGGCUCUGGAUUUCCAGCAUAACCAGGAAAGUGUGUGUUGGGUGCUGUCCUCAGAGUCCUCUGGGCAGCUCCGCUGUGCUGUAACAAGAAGCCUGCGUGGAUUCACACGAGAACAGGAAAUACGAACUCAACAAAGUUUGCAGCAUGUGGAGCAGAUGGCGAUUGACUGGCUGACAGGAAACUUUUAUUUUGUUGACCGCGUCACUGACAAGAUCUUUGUCUGUGACCGCGGCGGGGACACGUGUGUGACCGUCCUACAGCUGGACCUGCUCAAUCCUAAAGGCAUAGCUCUGGAUCCUCUCAUGGGAAUGCUCUUCUUCACUGACUACGGGAACGUGGCCAAGGUCGAGCGCUGUAACAUGGACGGCACCAACCGGACCCGGCUGGUCGAUUAUAAAAUCGAGCAACCCACUGCUGUGGCGCUGGAUGUGGUCAAGAAGCUGGUGUAUUGGGCCGAUGCCUACCUGGAUUACAUUGACGUGGUGGAUUACCAGGGCAAGAACAGGCACACCAUUAUCCACGGGAGCCAAGUGUCGUACAUUUAUUCAUUAGCUGUGUUUGAGGACUACCUCUAUGCUAUCCACUCUGACCCUUCCAAAGGGAGUUCCUCUGCAGAGCUGCUGCAGAUCCACAGGUUCAACAUCACAGCAGAGAGCAGGACGCUGGCCAGCCUGGGGAAUUCUAAAGGACUGCGGGUUUACCAUAAACUGACUCAGCCCAAAGUCAGAAGUCAUGCGUGUGAAAUGGAUUCAUACGGAAAGCCGGGCGGCUGUUCCCACAUCUGCCUCCUGAGCGGCAGCUACAAGUCCAGGACCUGCCGCUGUCGCACUGGCUACAGCCUGGGCUUCGAUGGAAUGUCCUGUAAAAAGCCGAAAAACGAUAUCUUCCUGUUCUACGGUAAGGGGCGACCGGGAGUCAUCCGAGGCCUGGACAUGAACAUCAAGUCCAGUGACGAGCACAUGGUGCCGAUUGAAGACCUGGUCAACCCUCGAGCCAUCGACUACCACGCAGAGCUGGGACACGUCUACUUUGCUGACACCACCAGUUUCCUGAUCGGGCGGCAAAAAAUAGAUGGAAGCAGCAGAGAGACUAUACUGAAAGAUGAACUUGACAACGUUGAAGGAAUCUCAGUGGAUUGGAUUGGGAAUAACUUGUAUUGGACCAACGAUGGGUACAGGAAGACGAUCAGUGUUGCCAGGCUGGACAGAGCUUCCCAGACCAGGAAGACUUUGUUGGAAGGCAAUAUGUCUCACCCCCGGGCCAUUGUGGUGGAUCCUCUGAACAGCUGGAUGUACUGGACAGACUGGGAGGAAGAUGAGGUCAACGACAGCAUAGGGCGGAUAGAAAGGGCCUGGAUGGAUGGAUCCAACCGCCGCAUUUUCGUCACCUCCAACAUGCUGUGGCCCAACGGGCUGACGCUGGACCACAGCAGCAGCACGAUGUACUGGUGCGACGCCUACUACGACCACAUCGAGAAGAUUCACCUGAACGGGACAGGAAGAAUGGUGGUGUACAGUGGGAAAGAACUAAACCAUCCGUUCGGAAUCUCUCAUUACCGCAAUUUCAUCUUUUGGACCGAGUACAUGAACGCUUCGGUGUUCCAGCUGGACUUGUCCAACGGCGAUAUCACUCUGUUGCGGAGCGAGAGGCCGCCGCUGUUUGGCCUGCGUGUUUACGAUGCACAGAGUCAGCAAGGUGACAACGCAUGUAGUGUGAAUUAUGGGGGCUGUACUACCCUCUGCCUCGCCAUCCCAGGAGGGAGAGUGUGUGCCUGCGCUGACAACCAGGUUCUGGAGAAGAACAAUGUCACCUGUGCAGCUUCCAGCAGUAGUUUAGAGCCACAGCGAUGCAAAAGUGAUGAGUUCCAGUGCCGUAAUCAGCGGUGCAUUCGGGCCUUGUGGAAGUGUGACGGAGAUGAUGACUGUCUGGAUGGGAGUGACGAGGAGAUCCAGAGCUGCUACAACCACACUUGUCCCCUCAAUCAGUUCAAAUGCAGCAACAAUCGCUGCAUCCCCAAACGAUGGCUCUGCGAUGGGACGAACGACUGUGGCAACAACGAGGACGAGUCCAACAGCACCUGCUCAGCCCAGCCCUGUCAGGCAGACCAGUUCUCCUGCCAGAACGGACGAUGUAUACCUCACAGUUGGAGCUGUGAUCGGGAGGACGACUGUGGGGAUAAGUCUGAUGAAAUAUCGUGCGUUUUCCCCACCUGUGAGCCCGUCACCCAGUUUAGUUGCUCCAAUGGACGAUGCAUCAGUGUGGAGUGGCACUGCGAUUCAGAUGACGACUGUGGAGACGGCAGCGAUGAAGUGGGCUGCAUCCAGUCUUGCGCCAAUACCCACUUCCAGUGCUCUAAUGGCCGCUGUAUCCCCGACCACUGGGCCUGCGACGGCGACAACGACUGUGGUGACCUCAGCGACGAGACCUUAACCUGCAGAGGUGGACCUGCAUUGUUGCCGCCGGUGAUCGAGUGCAGUGCCGAGGAAUUCCACUGCGUCACAGACGGGACCUGCAUCCCGGAGCGCUGGAGCUGUGACGGCGAUAAGGACUGUGAGGACGGGAGCGAUGAGAAGGAAUGCGAGGGCACGAAGAGGAUGUGUGACCCCAAGGCUAAGUUCACCUGCAAAGAUUCAGGCAAGUGCAUCACAAAGAGCUGGGUGUGCGACGGGGACAUCGACUGUGAGGACCGCUCCGAUGAAGAGUCGUGUGAGUCGGCUGUGUGUAAGCCGCCCAAGUACCCGUGUGCCAACGACUCCUCGGUCUGCCUCACGCCCGAUAAGAUCUGCAACGGCAAAGUGGACUGUGCGGAUCGCUCCGACGAAGGACCCAUCUGUGAUUUGUGCCUUGUAGCCAGAGGGGGCUGCAGUCACCAGUGCACUGUGGCACCGGGCAAAGGAGUUGUGUGUUCGUGUCCCCCCGGGCUUCACCUGGACUCCAGCAACAAGACGUGUGAGGUGGUGGACUACUGCAGCCGUCACCUGAAGUGCAGCCAAGUGUGUGAGCAGUACAAGACCACAGUGAAGUGUUCCUGUUAUCCAGGAUGGAUGCUCGACUCGGACGGCGACAGCUGUCACAGCACAGAUCCCUUUGAGGCUUUCGUCAUUUUCUCGAUCCGGCACGAGAUACGACGAAUAGACCUUCACAAACGAGACUACAGCCUGCUGGUGCCAGGACUGAGGAACACCAUCGCGUUAGACUUCCACUUCAACCACAGCCUCCUUUACUGGACAGAUGUGGUGGAAGAUAAGAUCUACAGGGGGAAGCUCUCAGAGUCUGGAGGGGUAACGGGAAUCGAGGUGGUUGUGCAGCACGGCCUGGCCACUCCGGAGGGCCUGGCUGUGGACUGGAUCACUGGGAAGCUGUACUGGAUCGACAGCAAUCUGGACCAGAUCGAGGUGGCCAAGCUUAACGGAGAAAUGCGCACUACGCUCAUAGCCGGAGGGAUGGAGCAUCCACGGGCCAUCGCUCUCGACCCGGGACAGGGGAUCCUCUUCUGGACCGACUGGGAUGCUACUUUCCCCCGAAUCGAGGCUGCAUCAAUGAGCGGAGGAGGCAGACACAUUGUGUUUAAGGACAUGGAGAUUGGAGCCUGGCCUAACGGACUAACACUGGACCAUUUGGAAAAGAGAAUUGUUUGGACCGAUGCACGCUCCGACGCCAUUUUCUCUGCCCUCUACGAUGGUACGGGCGUCAUCGAGAUCCUCAGGGGCCACGAAUACCUGUCCCACCCCUUCGCCGUGUCUCUCUUCGGGGGCAGUGUCUACUGGACGGACUGGAGGACGAACACUUUAGCGAGAGCCAAUAAGUGGACCGGGCAAAAUGUGACCGUCAUCCAGAAAACGAGUGCUCAGCCUUUUGACUUGCAGAUCUUCCACCCCAGCAGGCAACCACAAGUUCCUAACCCGUGUGAAAAGAACGAUGGACGUGGUCCCUGUUCACAUCUGUGUCUCAUCAAUUACAACCGCACAGCCUCCUGCACCUGUCCGCACCUCAUGAAGCUUUCGACCAACAAACAGUCCUGCUUUGCGCUGAAAAGGUUCCUCCUGUAUGUGCGGCGGUCCGAAAUCCGUGGCGUGGACAUUGACGACCCUUACAUGAACGUCAUGACGGCUCUGACGGUGCCAGAUAUCGACGAUGUCACCGUGGUGGACUACGAUUCCCAGGAGGAGAGGAUCUACUGGGCCGACAUCAAAACUCAAACGAUCAAACGAGCGUUCAUCAACGGCACCCAGCUCGAGACUGUCAUCUCUUUAGAUAUAGUCAACUGCCGCGGUCUGGCUUUAGACUGGCUUUCCAAGAACUUAUACUGGCUGAGCUCUGAAAAUGACGAGUCCCAAAUCAAUGUGGCUCGCUUUGAUGGGUCCCUAAAGACGUCCAUCAUCCACGGCAUUGAUAAGCCAAGGUGCCUUGUAGUGCACCCUGCCAAGGGGAAAAUCUACUGGACAGAUGGCAACACCAUUAACAUGGCCAACAUGGAUGGGAGUAACAGCAAGGUGCUCCACCAGAAUCAGAGGGACCCUGUAGGCCUCUCGAUAGACUACGCUGCCAACAAGCUGUACUGGAUAAGCUCGACCAACGGGACCAUCAACAGGUGCAAUCUGGAUGGCAGUGGGCUGGAAGUGCUCGAGACUCUAAAGAGGGAGUUAGCCAAAGGCACAGCACUGGCCGUGAUGGGUGGAAAACUCUGGUGGGCAGAUGAGGAAUCAGGACGGCUGGGAACGGUCACCAAGAGAGACGGGCGCAACCUUGUUGUUUUGAGAAAUAAGACGGGUGGGGUGGUUCACAUGAAGGUGUACGACAGGGACAGCCAGAAAGGAAGAAAUCCGUGCCAAGUAAACAACGGAGGAUGCUCUCAGCUGUGCUUCCCAACUUCAGAGAACACCCGCAGCUGCUCCUGCACCGUUGGCUACAACUUGCGUAGCGAUCGCACGUCUUGCGAGGGUGUUGACUCAUUUCUAAUGUAUUCCAUCCAUGAGGGAAUCCGGGGAAUUGCUCUUGACCCGAAUGACAACAGCGAAGCCCUCAUGCCCAUCACAGGAACGCUUUUUGCUGUGGGAGUCGACUUUCACGCAGGGAAUGAUACUGUGUACUGGACAGACAUGGGACUGAACAGAAUAUCCCGAGCCAAACGCGACCAGACCUGGAGGGAGGACGUCAUUACUACCGGCAUCAGCCGCGUGGAAGGCAUUGCUGUUGACUGGAUCGCUGGCAACCUGUACUGGACAGACCACGGUUUCAAUCUGAUUGAAAUCUCUCGUCUGAAUGGUGCAUACCGCUCAGUGGUCAUAUCAGAAGGACUCGAUCAGCCCAGAGCCAUCGCUGUACAUCCACAGAAGGGAUAUCUGUUCUGGACCGAGUGGGGGCAGAACCCCUGCAUCGGCCGUUCCCGCCUGGAUGGAUCAGACCAGGUUACCCUGGUCAGCUCGGGCAUCACGUGGCCCAACGGAAUUUCCAUAGACUAUGAGGAAAAUACAUUAUAUUGGUGCGACGCACGCACGGAUAAGAUCGAGAGGAUCAACCUUGAGACCGGUGAGAGCCGGGAGAUUGUGCUGUCAAUGGCCAACGUAGACCUGUUCUCCGUGGCUGUGUUUGGGCCUUACAUCUACUGGUCUGACAGGGCCCACUCAAACGGUUCAAUCCGACGAGGCUUGAAGACGGAAGCCAGUGAGGCUGUGACCAUGAGGAGCGGUCUUGGGGUUAAUUUGAAAGAUGUGACAGUUUUCACCAGAGGCAGAGAAAAAGGCACCAACCCCUGUGCCAGAAGUAACGGAGGCUGCCAGCAGCUGUGCUUCCACCUGGGCAGCGGUCGGCGGACCUGCUCCUGUGCACACGGCCGCUUGGCAGAGGAUGGCUUUGCCUGUGAGCGCUAUGAAGGUUAUCUGCUCUACUCUGAAAGGACUAUCCUGAAAAGCAUCCACCUUUCUGAUGAAAAUGACCUCAACUCACCCGUGCAGCCUUUUGAAAAUCCUGCUUUUUUCAAGAAUGUCAUAACGCUGGCCUUUGACUACGGUCAGGAGACAGCUGGAGCCAAUCGCAUCUUUUUUAGCGAUGUCCAUUUUGGAAAUAUCCAGAUGAUUAACGACGACUGGACAGGAAGAUCCGUCAUCGCAGAAAAUGUGGGUUCAGUGGAAGGUCUGGCUUACCACAAAGGUUGGGACACUCUGUACUGGACCAGCUCCACUACAUCCACCAUCACCAGACAAACUGUGGACCAGAGUCAAGCGGGCGCCAUCAGUAGGCAAGCUGUGGUGACGCUUUCAGAGGAGGACCACCCACACGUCCUGGCCCUGGAUGAGUGUCAAAGCCUGAUGUUUUGGACCAACUGGAAUGAGCAGAGGCCAAGCAUCAUGAGAUCCACCUUAACUGGCAAAAACAUAAGGAUCGUCAUCAGUUCUGACAUCUUAACGCCCAAUGGACUGACCAUUGACCACAAAGCAGAGAAGCUCUACUUCUCAGAUGGGACCCUUGGCAAGAUUGAACGAUGCGACUAUGAUGGAUCCAGCAGAUACGUCAUAAUUAAAUCAGGACCUGGAAACUUCUACGGGCUCGCCAUCUAUGCAGACUUCAUCUACUGGUCAGACUGGGCCCGCAGGUCUGUGCUGCGAUCAAACAAGUACACAGGCGGCGACACCAAAGUGCUUAGAGCAGAUAUUCCCCACCAGCCAAUGGGAAUUAUCGCUGUGGCCAAGGAUACCAACAACUGUCAGCUGUCCCCAUGCAGACACAUGAACGGAGGCUGCGGCGACCUUUGCCUGCUGACCCCGUACGGGAGGGUCAAUUGCACUUGCCGUGGAGAGCGUGUGCUUUUAGACGACAACAGAUGUGUGUCAGAGAAUUCCUCCUGCAACAUCUACACUGAAUAUGAGUGUGGGAAUGGAGAAUGCAUCGACUUCCAGCUGACCUGUGAUGGAAUUGCCCACUGCAAAGAUAAAUCAGAUGAGAAGAUGCAGUACUGCGACAACCGGAGCUGCCGGAAGGGUUUUCGGCCCUGCUACAACCAGCGGUGCGUGGCCACUAGCCGCUUCUGUGACGGGAUCGAUGACUGCGGGGAUAACUCCGACGAAGCAUCGUGUAGCAAUGUCACGUGCGGCUCAUCAGAAUCGUCGUGCAAAGACGGGACCUGUGUGCCCAGCUCAGCGUGGUGCAACCAGGUCAUUGACUGCGCCGACGCCUCGGACGAAAAAAACUGCAACCACACCAACUGCUCUCACUUUUACAAGCUGGGAGUGAAAGAAAAAGAUUUCAUCAGCUGCAACUCCACCUCGCUGUGCAUCCACCCCUCGUGGAUCUGCGAUGGCGCCAAUGAUUGCGGCGACUAUGCUGACGAGACCAACUGCCAGGUUUCCCAUGGGCAGAAGUGUGAGGAGGGACACUUUGCGUGCCCAAGCGGGAACUGCAUUUCCAGCGUGUGGCUGUGCGACGGCCAAAAGGACUGUGAAGACGGAGCAGAUGAAUUCCAGUGCGACUCGUCCUGCUUGUGGAACCAGUUCGCCUGCUCCAAGAACAAGUGCAUUGCCAAGCAGUGGCUGUGCGACGGGGAGAACGACUGUGAGGACGGCCUGGAUGAGAGCGUGCAGAUCUGUGGCACGGUGACAUGUGCUCCGGGGCUGUUCAGCUGCCCCGGGUCUUAUGCCUGUGUUCCAAAACGCUGGCUGUGUGACGGGGAGAGAGACUGUCCUGAUGGGAGUGACGAACUUUCCGCUGCUGGCUGUGCACCCAACAACACAUGCGAUGACAGCUCGUUUCGCUGCCGCAACAAAGCAUGCAUCCCCCAGCGAUUCGUCUGUGACCACGAUAACGACUGUGGAGAUGGAUCUGAUGAGUCGGUGGAAUGUGUCUAUCGUUCCUGUGGAUCAGAGGAAUUUCGCUGUGGGGACGGGCGCUGUCUUCUCAGCUCUCAGUGGGAGUGCGACGGCUACGCGGACUGUCCCGACCACUCUGACGAACUGCCUCUGAACCUUAAAUGUCUGGCUGCAGGAAGCUUGUGCAAUGGCUCGUUCUUCAUGUGUUCCAACGGACGCUGCAUUUCCCAGGGGAACCUUUGCGAUGGCAAAGAUGACUGCGGGGACCGAUCGGACGAGAGGAACUGCAAUGUGAACGAAUGCUUGAACCGCAGAGUCAGUGGGUGUACGCAGGACUGCCAGGACCUUCCUGUAGGCUAUAAGUGUAAAUGCUGGCCUGGUUUCUAUCUGAAGGACGAUGGCAGGACUUGUGUGGAUGUUGACGAGUGCUCCACGACACUUCCUUGCAGCCAGCGCUGCAUAAACACGUACGGCUCCUACAAAUGCCUGUGUGUGGAUGGCUACGAAGCCUUGGAGCGUAAUCCUAACACGUGCAAAGCUCUGUCAGCUGAAGAGCCCUUUCUCAUUAUGGCAGACCACCACGAGAUCCGCAAAUUGAGUGUGGAUGGCUCAAAUUACACCAUCCUGAAACAGGGCCUCUACAACAUCAUCCAUCUGGAUUUUGAUUACAAGAAAGAAUUUAUCUACUGGGUGGACUCAACCAGGCCGAGUGGUCGAAAGAUCAACCGAAUGCGUCUCAACGGGAGCGACCUGAAGAUAGUCCACAGAACAGCGGUGCCCAGUGCCUUAGCCGUGGACUGGAUCGGAAAAAAUCUGUACUGGUGCGACGCAGAAAAGAAGACGAUGGAAGUGUCCAAAGCCAACGGACUCUACCCUACGGUGCUGAUCAGCUCAGGCCUCAAGAACCCGACAGAUCUCGCUCUGGACCCCCAGACGGGGUACAUCUUCUGGGUAGACUGCUGUGAUCCUCCUCACAUCGGGCGCAUCGGCAUGGACGGCCGAGGGCAGACGGUUAUCAUUGACACAGAGAUCUACAGCCCCACAGCUCUCACCAUCGAUUAUACCAACAAGAGGCUCUACUGGGCCGACGACAACCACAUCCUGUUUGCCACCAUGGAUGGCGCCCAAAGACGCAAAGUGUCCUACGAUCACAUCCAAGGAGUAAUGGCGCUGACUUUGUUUGAGGACUUUGUCUAUUGGACUGACGGGAAGUCCAAAUCUCUGCGACGUGCUCACAAGACGACCGGCGCUCAAGGGAUCGAGCUCCUCAACUCCUGGCAAGCCAUCAAAUCCAUCAAGGUCUACCACUCGCUGCGCCAGCCUGAAGUUCCCAAGCACCAGUGUCAGAUUGCGAAUGGAGGAUGCAGCCACCUGUGUCUCCUGUCCCCCGGCGGGGAACACAAAUGUGCCUGUCCCACGAAUUUUUAUUUGGCGGCCGACAACAAAACCUGCCUCUCCAACUGCACGUCCAGUCAGUUCCGCUGCGGCACAGAUGAGUGCAUCCCUUUCUGGUGGAAGUGCGACACCGUGGAUGACUGUGGGGACGGCUCCGAUGAACCCGCCGACUGCCCUGAAUUCAAAUGUCAGCCUGGGCGUUUUCAGUGUGGCACCGGCCUUUGUGCUCUUCCACCCUUCAUCUGUGACGGAGAGAACGACUGUGGCGACAACACAGAUGAAGCUAACUGUGAGACGUACAUCUGCCUGUCGGGCCAGUUCAAGUGCACAGGCAAACAGAAGUGCAUCCCUCUUAACCUGCGCUGCAACGGCCAGGACGACUGUGGCGACGGAGAGGAUGAGACAGACUGCCCUGAAAGCACCUGCUCCCCAGACCAGUUCCAGUGCAAAGCCUCCAUGCACUGCAUUUCCAAACUGUGGGUUUGUGAUGAGGACCCUGACUGUGCAGAUGGGUCAGACGAGGCGGACUGUGAUGAAAAGACCUGUGGACCUCAUGAAUUCCGCUGCGAGAAUAACAACUGCAUCCCCGACCACUGGAGGUGUGACAGCCAGAACGACUGUGGAGACAACUCAGACGAGGAGAACUGCAAGCCCGUCACCUGUAACCACAAGGACUUUGCCUGUGCCAACGGCGACUGCAUCUCCUCCCGGUUCCGCUGUGACGGGGACUACGACUGCUUGGAUAAUUCAGAUGAGAAAGGCUGUGAGGCACACUGCUCUGAUGACCAGUUUCGCUGUCACAACAACCUGUGCAUCUCGAUAAAGUGGAUGUGUGAUGGCCAGGAAGAUUGCAAGAUGGGUGAAGAUGAAAAAAACUGCCAGGAAACAGUUGUGCCGUCCUGCUCGGUCAACGAGUACGUGUGCACGAGCGGCGGCUGCGUGUCGGCCAGCCUGCGCUGUGACGGACACGACAACUGCCUGGACGGCUCGGAUGAGAUCGGCUGCGUGAAGGAGUGCAGAGAAGACGAGUUCCUGUGUCUGAAUCGGGCCCACUGCAUCCCUCGGCGCUGGCGCUGCGACGACGUGUUGGACUGCAUGGACCACAGCGAUGAAGAAAACUGCGGCCAGGCAGCCUUCUUCUGCCGAGCUGAUGAAUUCAUUUGCAACAACACCUUAUGCAAACUCCACACGUGGGUGUGCGACGGCAAGGAUGACUGCGGAGAUAACUCUGACGAGGACGUAGACAUGUGUGCGAAGCUUCCCUGCCCUCCCACGAGGCCGUUCCGCUGUCGAAACGAUCACGUGUGUCUGCGCACGGACCAGGUCUGCAACAAAGUGGACGACUGCGGCGACAACUCGGACGAAGAAGAGUGUGCAGAGGUCGUGGCUGGAAGACCUCGGCCCUGUGGGAAGACAGAGUUUUCCUGCAGUAACCGACGCUGCAUCCCGAUCCAGCUGCAGUGCGACCUGUUCAGUGACUGCGGGGACGGUGGCUCAGAUGAGCAAGACUGCAAGGCAUUUUCCAGUGGAGAUGUAUGUGGAAAGAAAACCAAUCCGUGUGGAGAGGACGCCAUCUGCAACCAGACCAAUGCUAAUUCUAUAUGUCAGUGCAAACCUGGCUUCAAGAGGAAUCAGAAGACGGGCCAGUGUGAAGAGAUGAAUGAAUGUCUGCAGUUUGACGCUUGUCCUCAUUACUGCGUGAACACUAAAGGAUCCUAUAAAUGCUCAUGCGACCGGAAUUUUAAGGAGAUCAACGGCAACUGUGUAGCAAGAGGACCGGAGGAACGAGUGUUCUACGUGUCCAACGAUACCGAGAUCCGGAGCUUCCUGUAUCCCUUUAACCAGAGCCACGGAUACAGGCUGCCCACGCACAUUGAGGACAAUGCUCGAAUCAUUGGGAUGGAUGUUCUGUUUCACCACCAAAAGUUUAUCUGGGCGACCCAGUUCAACCCUGGUGGGAUUUUUUACAAAGACACUCUGGAAAGAAGUCAAAGCAAAACAAAUGUCAGAAAUAUUUGCUCAGACUUCCGGCGACCCCGAGAUAUUUCUGCUGACUGGAUUACAGGAAACAUUUAUUGGACCGAUCACUCCCGGAUGCACUGGUUUAGUUAUUACACAGCCCACUGGACUAAAUUACGAUAUUCCAUAAAUGUGGGCCAACUUAAAGGACCAAACUGCACCCGCCUGAUCACUGAUAUAGCUGGAGAGCCGUACGCCAUUGCUGUCAACCCCACCCGGGGAAUGAUGUACUGGAGCGUAAUCGGUGAUCAUUCUCAGAUAGAGGAAUCAGCCAUGGAUGGCUCACUGCGGAGAGUGCUGCUGGAGAAAAACCUGAGGAGACCCACUGGGCUGGCCAUUGAUUAUUUCAACCAGCGUAUUUACUGGGCUGAUCCUGAGCUCUCGCAGAUAGGGAGCAUGAGAUUGGAUGGCUCGGACCCUCUGGUGACAAUCAGCGACAGACACGGAAUCUCCCAGCCGUACAGAAUCGAUAUAUUUGAGGACUACAUUUAUGGAACUGGGUUAAAACACGAGGUCUUCAAGAUUCACAAGUAUGGGAAACAGUCUGUGGAGUUUCUCAGUUUGGGGGUGGAGAAGCCCACUAAUGUUUUCAUCUCCCACCGUUACAAACAGCAAGACGGACCCAAUCCAUGCUCGAGAAUGUCCUGUGACUUCAUGUGUUUGCUCAACCCGACUGGUGCCAGGUGUACCUGUCCAGAGGGGAAGGUGCUGGUGAACGGCACCUGCAAUGAUGUCAACGUCUCAGGUGAACUGUGCCGCCCCCCCUGUGAGAAUGGAGGCCGCUGCUUAGCCAAUGAGAAAGGAGACUGGAGGUGCUACUGCUGGCCUGACUUUUCAGGGGAGCGUUGUGAGGUCAACCACUGCACAGACUACUGCCUAAACGGAGGCACCUGCAUGGGCUCGCCACUGGGAAAGCCCACGUGCCGCUGCCCUGUCGGAUUCUCAGGGCCUUUUUGUGAGAAAAGGAUUUGUGACAAUUACUGUUUAAACGGGGGAACGUGCGACGUGACUCAGGGGAACCAGCCGGUGUGCCGCUGUAUGGCCGAGUAUACCGGGGACCGCUGUCUUUAUCACAUUUGUCAUCACUACUGCGUGAACUCCAAGGCCUGCACUUUAUCCAGCAGCGGCUACGUGGAAUGCGUGUGUCCCGCCAGGUUUGAGGGGAACAAGUGCGAGGUGGACAAGUGUCUCCGAUGCCACGGAGCUCCUUGCCUCAUUAACGAGGAGACGGGAGAAGUGGUUUGCAACUGCACAAAUGGCAGAAUAGCACCGAGCUGUCAGCUGUGUGACGGAUAUUGCUACAAUGGAGGUACCUGCCACCUGGACCCUGACACCAACCUGCCUUUCUGUCACUGCACGUCAGGGUUCAAGAACCAACGUUGUGAUGAGCUGGCCAACCCCUGCGAUUACUUCUGUCAGAAUGAGGGGAUGUGCACAUUAACAGCUCUUAACAAACCACGCUGCAAGUGUUCAGCCAAUUGGGCAGGAACACAGUGUGAGAGACCCGCCCCUAAAAGCAGCAGAUCAGACAACACGAGCGGAGGGAGCAUCGCUAUCAUUGUGCCUCUGGUCCUGCUGGUCAUCUUGAUUGUGAUGGUGGUAGCAGGUGUUUAUAUCUGCCGACGGAGGCAAAGGGGCAAACGUGUGCAGAGGCAGCCCAUGACCAACGGAGGGAUAAACGUGGAAAUUGGGAACCCGUCAUACAACAUGUAUGAAGUGGACCACGACAACCAUGCUGAUGCAGGCAGCCUGCUGCGCCCAAACUUCACACUUGACCCUCAUAAGGGCUGGUGUGUAAAAUCCAGCGACCCUCACACCUUGGGCAUGAAUUCUGUGCCCAAGGAGGUCAUCCCUGGACAGCCCAUGAACUACUCCAAUCCAGUGUAUGCAAAGAUCUACAUCGACGGGCAAAACUGCCGGAAGCCAGUCAUCAGCAUCGAUGAGAGGAGAGAGCUACUCCCAAAGAAACUCGAGGGGACAAUUCAUGAAACCGCCGCAUAGCCUAACUUUACACUUUGUACUUCUUUUUUUACCACAGUGUAUAAUAUGAAGGAGGAAACAAGAUUUUUCUAUUUCCUAUGAGGCUCUUAGGUUUUACUGGUUUAGCAUCAGCAUAAUGUCCUCGUCGCUGUGCUGAAGACUUUAAUUUUCCACUUAUGGUUUGCUUUCUGUUUGUCAGAGAUCAGUUAUACAGCGCUGUCAGUAUAGUGUAUGACACUGAAGUAAAGCUGCUGAUUUGCAAAAACUUUAUUAAUACCAGAAGCCACACUUGUGCACAGUUGAAACCUUAAAAUGCAGUGCUAGAAUUUGUACCCAUACCUGUUUGUAGUUCUAGAGGAAUACAGUGUCGCUUUGCGGAGGCGAUGAGGGGAAGGGCCGGCUCAUUUUAUCUGGAAAAAAAAAAGUAUGUAUAGUAGAGAAGAGUUUGGGGUUUUUCUUUUUUUGUUAUUUCAUGUGACAUAUGGACCGGAGAGCUUCACAAACGACAAGUGGAGCUUGAUUCCUUUUAUUUGCAUCUCUGUACCUGACAGCUCUGCUCCGGCAGUCCCACUGGACACAAUAAUAUCAACACCAUCACUUCUCACACAUUAUCUCCCGUCUUUUUCAUUUCCACGGAUUUUAAUCUUCAGUCGCCCUGUUUCAGCAGUAAUAUGACGUACAAACGUAUCUUUUGCUGAAAGAUAUUGAAGCCCACCCUGAAUGUUUUCCGAUCAGAUUCCCGGAUCCCGUACUGUACGCUGAAAAGACAGAAUACCAUAUUUUUCUAGGUAUCAUAUAUCAGCAAAUGGAUUAAAGAUGGAGAGAAGAAAGAUUUACCACAGCUACAAAAACAGUUAUUAAGAGUUAUUAUAAAACACAUCUGUUACUUCAGAAAAGGAAGAUGAUAAAUAUAAGAAAUUUUAUAAUUUUGUAUUUGAUUUGUAUGUUGUUUGGCUGCUUGUAUUUUGAAGAAAUGUAUUAAAUGUAAGUAAUUUUUAUAUAAAAUGUAAAUCGAUAUUGAAUAAAGGGGGCUUAUUUCCA